AUGGCGGCAACCGACUCCCCGGUGACCAAUGGGCACAAGUCCGACAAGAAGAGCAAGAAGGACAAGAAGGAGCGGAAGCGCCUGCGCGAGGAAGAUGCCGAGGCCAGCGAGGAGCGCAAGCACAAGCGCACCAAGAGCAUAGGCGUGGCCCAGGACGACGCCGAUGACGACGAUGAGGCUCCCUCGGGGUCUCAGGACCUUUCCCUGGCCGCCUCCACAACCUCCAAUGGCGAGCCGUCACCCGAGAAAAAGAAGAAGAAGGACAAGAAGCACAGAAAGUCAGUAGGCGAGGCCGAAGAAGAUGCGUCUGACGCCGAGCGCAAGGACAAGAAGGACAAGAAGAAGAAGCGCAAGUCACAACACAAGGAGACGGAGGAAAGCCUCGAGGAUCCCCUUGUCGAAACUGCCGCCCCCGCACCGGCAAGCGAAAAGAAGGAAAAGAAGAGCAAGAAGGUCAAGGCGGAGUCUCCCGAAUCUACGGCCGACAACGACGACGACGAUGCCAUGGACGUCGACUCCCCCGCGAAGACGAAAUCAACAUCCCGAGUCCACCAGCCCCCCGACGCGCCGUCCAAGCCCCAGUUCCCCUUCUUCACCCAGACCGUCUCCCUAUACCUCCCCCUCUACCCCAUAGGCUGGGACACGCCCUGCACGGCCGCAGCGUCGCAGCAUCUCGAACCCCUCGUGAACCGCUACGUCCCGGAACUCAAGGGCGUCCUCCUCGCCUUCCGCAACGUUGCUGUCUCGGAGCAGCCCGGCCGCCGGCACGCCGCCACCAACGACAGUGAACACUGCGACCUCGUGUCCGUGGACGAGUACGCCGUCGGCUUCGGCUACGUGACGGUCGAUGUCGACCUGUUUGUGCCCCGUCGCGGUGCCUGGAUGGAGGGCAGCAUCAACCUCGAGAACGAGGGCCACAUCGGCGUCGUCUGCUGGGGCAAGUUCAACGCCAGCAUCGAGUCGGCGCGCCUGCCGCCCGAAUGGCGCUGGGUGCACGCCGGCUCCGCCGAGGCGGCGUCGUACGUUGCCGAUCCCUUUGACGACAGCGCCUCGACGCGCACCGCCGAGGACGAGCACGGCGCCGUGCGCCAGAUCCACACGACGGGUUUCUGGGUCGACGGCAGCGGCGACAAGGUCAAGGGCCGCGUCCGGUUCCGCAUCAAGGCCUUCGACGUCGGCGUCAGCGGCGACCACGGCUACCUCAGCCUCGAGGGCACGAUGCUCGACGCCGCGAGCGAGAAGGCGGCGAUCCAACGCGACGCCGAGCAGGAGCGCAGGCGCCGGGCCGGAAAGAGCGGCGGCAUCCUCGCCAAGGAGCGGCGCCGCAUGCCCGAGUUCAGCGUGACCAAGUUCGGCGUGGUCGAGGACGAGGAGGAUAAGGCGCUGCGGCAGGACGUGUGGAACACGACGGAGCCGGUGACAGACACCGAGGCUGGAGAGAAGGAGGCGUUUACGGGCAUUUCGACGGAGGAGGCGUAG